ACUAGUGAUCUGUGAUAAUUAUCUGGCUUUUCUGCCAGCCUCAUAAAGCAUUUUAUAAAAUGAUGCUGAAUUCCGUCGUCAACUGGAUUUGCUUUGUUUUGGUGGUCGGAGUAAUUUCCUCAUCAUCCGCCAGGCCAUCGUUGCGUGCCGAUGCCUGUGGUUACCAGACAUGCCCUGCGGAGAAAGAAGGAUUCAUCAACGUUCACCUCGUAGCUCAUACUCAUGAUGAUGCCGGCUGGUUAAAAACCGUUGAUCAGUACUAUUACGGAGCUCGUAGUCAGAUUCAAGAAGCCGGAGUUCAGUACAUUAUCGAUUCGGUUGUAGAUGAAUUAAAAGACCACCCUGAUCGCAGAUUUAUCUACGUGGAAAUGGCCUUUUUUACGAGGUGGUGGCAAGAACAGACCGAAACAACCAAGGCUCUCGUCCGAACGUUGGUGAACGAAGGACGUCUCGAGUUCAUCAAUGGCGGAUGGUGCAUGAACGAUGAAGCCACAGCUCAUUACGUCGACAUUAUCGAUCAAAUGUCAUUUGGUUUGAUAACGUUGAACGAUACUUUCGGCGAAUGUGGACGACCGCGCAUCUCUUGGCAGAUCGACCCGUUCGGCCACUCACGAGAACAGGCCUCACUAUUCGCUCAAAUGGGGUACGAUGGACUGUUCUUUGGACGAUUGGAUCACGAAGACAAAAAAGAGCGCAUGGCGAAAAAGACCAUGGAAAUGGUUUGGUCAGGCAGCGACUCCUUGGGUGCGCAAGCGUCGUUAUUCACAGCCGUGAAUUACAAUUUAUACCAACCACCACCUGGCUUCUGCUUUGAUAUUUAUUGCAACGAUGAACCCAUUAUCGACGACCCCAGAUCCAAAGAUUACAAUGUCGAGAAGAGAGUAACAGAUUUUCUCAACUAUUGCCAAGAACAAGCCAACGCUUAUGCCACUGAUUCUAUCCUAUUGACCAUGGGGAGCGAUUUCCAUUACCAAGAUGCAAACGUUUGGUUUAAAAACAUGGACAAACUCAUCAAGUACGCCAACGAGCGUCAGGCGACCGGCAGUCGCUUCAACUUGUUUUAUUCGACACCAAGUUGCUAUACCAAGGCGCUAAACGAUCACGCAAAGACUUGGCCAUCCAAAACGGGCGACUUUUUCCCUUACGGAAGCGACGCUCACGCUUAUUGGACGGGCUAUUUUACGUCUCGUCCGGCAUCGAAAUACAUGAUCCGCCAAGGAAGCAAUCUCAUGCAGAGUUGUAAGCAAAUGGAUGCGGCGCUUGUUAGACAAGGUGUGGCCACCAAUCAAGUUGGAGAGCUAUUCACGAUGAAAGACGCCAUGGGCAUUAUGCAGCAUCACGACGCCGUGACAGGGACUGAGAAGCAACAUGUUGCCGAAGACUACGCACUCUUGCUUCACAAGGGAGUGGUGGAAUGCCAAAAGAUCCAGACUGCUUAUUACGAAAAAGAACUUGUGAUUGGCAAUCAGGUUCUGCCAAAGGUGUCCUACUGCCAACUGAACGUCAGCCAAUGCGAUCCAACCGAGAAGAACAAUCGCUUCGUGGUUAACAUUUACAAUUCAAUGGCACGAUCCGUCGACAAAUACGUUCGCGUUCCCGUGGCAUCCGGAACAGCUUUCCAGGUUCUCGAUCCACAAGGAAAUGUUGUCGCAUCACAAACGGUUCCGAUUGCGGAAUACGUCAAAUCUCUUCCGGGUAGAGUAAGCAGUGCUACAGUCGAACUUGUAUUCCUCGCCUCUCAACUGCCUCCUCUUGGAAGCAAAUCUUAUUACAUACAACCGGGGACUAGCAAGGAUGAACAUGAACCCCAAAACAAAUUUGCCAUUUCCAACGAAAAAGUAAGCGUUGAGAUCGACGAUGUGAGUGGUCUGAUCAAAUCGGUAACAGUCGAUGGAAAAACGACCGAAUUAAAACAAGAAUUUCUGUGGUAUCCGAGCAAAAGCGGCGACAAUUCGGCGGCCGACAAGCGAGCUUCCGGUGCCUACAUCUUCCGUCCCGAUAGCGAUGACGCGUUUGCUAUCCCUAGUUCCGGCGUUAAAACUACAACGUAUUCUGGUGAACUCGUUGAGGAAGUUCAUCAAAUUUACAAUCCUUGGGUAGCUCAAACCAUUCGUUUGUACAAAGGACAAGAGCAUGUCGAACUGGAUUGGGUUGUGGGUCCGAUUCCGGUCGAAGAUGGCACAGGGAAGGAAAUUAUCAACCGAGUAACAACGUCCAUUGCGAGCAACGGAAUGUUCUAUACUGAUGCUAAUGGCCGUCAAACUCUUGAGCGACGUUUCAACAUCCGCGAUUCCUAUCCUUAUACUGUUACCGAGCCAAUAGCUGCUAAUUACUACCCAGUUAAUUCUCACGCUUACAUCAAGGACGCGGUCGGCAAUCAAGUGACGAUGUUGGUCGAUCGGCCACAGGGUGGCUCAAGUCUGCACAAUGGACAACUGGAAUUAAUGGUUCAUCGCCGUUGCCUGUAUGAUGAUGCUUUCGGUGUGGGAGAAGCGCUGAACGAAACAGCUUACGGUGAUGGAUUGGUUGUAAGAGGAACUCAUUUCUUAAUUCUUGGCGACAAGACCAACUCCAUGAAAAUGGCGCGUUCACUGAGUCACGAGCUCUACAAGCAGCCGCAAAUAUCGUUCAUUCCCACUUCGCUAUCUUUCAACGACUGGUCGGCUCUUUACAAAACUCAGCAACAAUCUUUAAGCCGAACGCUGCCAGCCAACGUCAACUUGCUCACUUUGGAAACUUUGAAUCAAGGGAAGUAUUUGAUGAGGUUGGAGCAUAUCUACGAUGUCGGUGAAGACAGCAUUUUAUCACAGCCGGCUACAGUGUCGAUCGAGGGAUUAUUUCCUGGAUUCACCGUUACUUCGUCGGAGGAAACUAUGUUGGGCGGUAAUCAGUUCAAGAAAGACUCGAACAGGUUGGUUUGGAACUUUGCGUCCACUUCCAACACAAAUGAGGACGGACAGCAGAUUUGGGACGAACGCGCUAUUCCGGCAGUGCAAUUAAAACCAAUGGAAAUCCGCACAUUUAUCAUUACUUUAGUUCCCAUUUAGUCUAUUCAGUGUGGGUGAUGUUAUUCAUUAUAACCAAAAGGCAUAUUAUGUGGAAAUUUUGACAGUUUUAAUGGGGAAUACAAUAGUGUAGGCCGUUGCAGGCUAUUUUGCGCGCCAGUAAUAAAUGUUUUCUUUAGUUUUA